AUGGUCGCAUCAACUCCAUCCACCUCACGCCACGACAAACCGCCUCCUGGUCCCUGCCCAGCUUGCAACAGCACCACCUGGCACUGGCUAGUAGCUUGCCCCGACGCCGCAGCUGUGAAGCGCUACCAGGAUCAGAAAUCCUCAACCAGACGACCUCCAAAGCUGAACAGACCACGAGCCAACCUGGCCAGCGUGUCAGUACACCUGCUGCGCGGCACAACCUCUGGAAGCCACAGCGACAGCUCAGCGUUACCCUCCCCUUCUGGAGACUUUGACUACGCCUAUGGAUGGACAGCACUGGCAGAAACCGUAGUAGGUCUGUCAGCAGUUGGUCGCGGCACAGAUUGGUACCUAGAUGGAGGUGCGACUCAACACAUGACCGGCACCUAUCACCACAUGGCACAAGGAACACCUUGCUCGACACUCAUCCAGGGCAUUGGUGCUCAAGUCCAAGCGACACACAGAGGUAAGGUCCCGCUCACCAUUGACAAGGAUGGCGCUGCCGUAGGGGUGCUUCUGCAUGAUGUGCUCUAUGCACCCGAGCUUCACAUCAAUCUGAUAUCUGUGCCUCAGCUCAACCUGCGUGGCAUUCAGGUCCUACAAGACAUCCCGCUCUCGACACUCAUUGACAAGGUCACCAAAGAGGUUGUAGGGUAUGUGGACUACGUCAACGGGCAGUACAAGCUACGUCUGCUGCCCAAUGUGUUGGAGCCACCCACGUGGGCUUUUGUAGGUGCCUCAAACUCAGCCCAAUCCCUUGUGCGCUGGCACAACCGACUCAACCAUGUCAAUGCCGACGACAUCGUGCGUCUGAUGAAGCACGGGCACCUCAUCCUCACCGACCAGCACAAAGAAGUGUGUGACACUUGCUUUGCCGCCAAACAACAUCGUCGCUCUUUCCCACCAAGAGGGGAUGUGGCUGCUACACGCCCACUGGAGCUGGUCCACUCCGACAUCCUAGGGGUUGGCCUCCAAUCUUACCACGGCAAGCACUACAUCUGCACAUUCGUCGAUGA